UUGAACUAUAAGAAAAAAAAUGUAUUGAUGGAAACACUGCUCUCCAAAACCACGGAAUUAAGAUAAAUUUGACAAAAAAAAGUGAAAUUUAGUUUAUAUAAAAACCAUUAUCUAGUUUAUAUAAACAAUCCAGGGCCAAACAAAUAAACCAAGACCUUUCAAGGAUGAUCCUUAUUAAUUCAUCUCUUUUCUCCUCUCUUUAUCCUCUAAACCCCAUAAUUCUUUGCUCUUCUACCCCCAAAACUAAUGCUUCAACCCUCAAACCCAAACCGUCGAAUCAUGUCAGCAACCAAUUUAACGUUGAGACAAAGCUAUCAAGAAUUUGCCCAUGUGGAAGAAGGCAUUUUCUUGAAGCCGCAGCAACAGCUUUAAUUUCAGUGCCUUCUGCAAAUGCUUCUGAUUAUAAGGCUGUACUAAACAGGGUUCACCCUCCAAGACCUGAUUGGUACGAAGAAUUUUAUGCAUCGCUUUUGAAAUUAGAGAGAGCGUAUGAGGCAGAGAUUGCAGCUUACAAGUCAGAUCUCUUUACUAAUUUGAGGGGAAAGACCAAGAAAGUAUUGGAGAUUGGCAUUGGCACUGGCCCCAAUCUCAAAUACUAUGCUAGUGAUGAUGACGAUUUAGAGGUUUUUGGUGUGGAUCCAAAUGGGAAGAUGGAAAAAUAUGCACAACAAGCAGCGGAGGCUGCUGGUGUAGCGCCUGCGAAUUUCAAAUUUAUACAGGCAGUUGGGGAGGCUAUACCAUUAAGUGAUGCUUCUGUUGAUGCAGUUGUUGGAACUCUCGUAUUAUGCUCCGUUGCUGAUGUUGAUCAGACAUUGCAGGAGGUGAAGAGGCUGCUUAGACCAGGUGGGCUUUACUUAUUUGUGGAGCAUGUGGCGGCAAAAGAUGGAACAUUUCUUAGAUUUCUACAGAAUGUCCUUGAUCCUCUACAACAAGCAGUUGCUGAUGGCUGUCAUCUAACAAGAGAAACUGGAAAGAAGAUUUCAGAAGCUGGAUUCUCAGGCGUCGAUAUAAGCACAACCAUUUUCUCUAAUGCUGCAUUUAUAAACCCUCAAGUGUAUGGAAUAGCUAGCAAGUGACAUUACGAGGGUAUCAUGCUCUGGAUUUGCUGCGCAAUUGCUUCAUUUAAUUUUUAAGAUGUAGAGCUACAUAAUUUGUGAGGCAUAGUCUUAUUUUCUGAUACAAAAGCAGAGACUUAGAUCGCCAUCCGCAAUUUUAAAUGGAUGAUUAUAUGACGUGUGCAGUUUACUUUAAGGAACUAGGUUCUAUAUUGGACAUUAUAAAAAUCUGAAUAUACAUUUUAUCUGUCAGAAUAUGGCACAUCCAAAUUUUACCGUUUUAAUUUUUGAAA